AUGAAAACCAAAGAGGAAGUAAAGAUUGAGCUCGUUAUUAUCAGGUUCCUGAUCUCCGUCAUUGGGAUGAUAGGAAAUAUCAUCCUGAUGAUGUCUAUCUUAAAAACCUCAAAACAUCUUAAGACCUAUGAGAUCCUGUUGCUGGGACUGGCCAUUUCUAACAUGGAGAGCAUCAUCAUCAUUGACGCAUAUGAUUUAUUUUCCAGCGCUGAGAACUUGACUAUGCGCAUGGUGGUCUGCAACACUAUGAAGUUCCUGACAGUAUUUGGUGAGGUCACCACUAUCCUCUUCACCAUGCUAAUCAGCAUCUUCCGCUACCAGAAGCUGCGAGAUGCGGAGAAACGGGUUAAUUUGCCCAUCCUGCUGGACAGUGUUCCCGUGGCGAUGGGGGUGAGUGGGGCCUGUGUGCUGCUGGCCAUCAUGUUCGGGAUGCCCACCUACGCCAUGAACAUGGACCACCACAUGUCCAACUACACCGACACCGGCUCUUGCCCCCUGGAUUUCUUCCAGUGUCCCAAGAACAACUGCCCAGCCCUAAACAAGGUCUACAAGUACUGCUUUCUGUUCAUCUGCAUUCUGCUGCCUCUCUGUGUAGUCACGUUAACCAGCAGCCUCAUCCUCAGGACCCUGCUGCUCCAGAGGAAAACUGCGCCUACCCAGUCUUUCAACUCCUCCAUCACCACUCGUAAGACCUCCAGUUUCCAGCGGAGCACCAUUGCAAUACUGGCAGCCAUGACUAUCUUUCAGCUGGACUGGACGAUUUACCUGGUACUGCAUCUGGCUAUAGACCCCUACACCUUCCUCUACUGGGAUCAGACAGAAUUCUUAAUCGCCACCACUUACUCCACCCUCAGUCCCUAUGUCUACGGCACAGGAAAUAACUUGUUCUCUCCAAAGCGCUUUUGCUGAAGUGGAAAGUAGGACCAGCACACAUGGAAGUCUAGUGCUGCAGGUAUUUUAUUGCAGAUUAUUAUCAUUAAUAUGUGCUUCCUUAUGCCAGAACUGAUAAAAAAUUAUGUAGCUCCUC